AUGUUGAUGAUGGAGGACGACGAAUUAGACGCUCAUCAGGUUGAUUCGGAUUUCGAGCCGCAAAGCCGGCCUCGCUCAUGCACCUGGCCGCUGCCUUGCCCGGAGGAUUUCCCCGGUGGACACGAGGUCAGCGGGGGUCUCCCACUGGCCAACAUCAAGGUGGAACCGGAGGACGUCCCGGCUUGUAGAGCGGGGCUCGUGGGCGGAACACCGGGAGAGCUGAAGCAUCCAGCCGGCGCCCCGGCACCGACAGGCGCGACGCACCCAUGCCUGGCUGGCGCGGCACUCGAUGUGACCGGACCGCUGCGCAAAGCCAAAUCCUCGCGGCGGAACGCGUGGGGGAACCAGUCCUACGCGGAUCUCAUUACCCGCGCCAUUGAGAGCACCCCAGAAAAGAGACUCACGCUGUCACAGAUAUACGACUGGAUGGUCCGUUAUGUGCCCUAUUUCAAGGAUAAGGGCGACAGUAACAGCUCAGCUGGCUGGAAGAAUUCCAUCCGACACAACCUAUCCCUCCACACACGCUUCAUCCGGGUGCAGAAUGAGGGGACUGGGAAGAGUUCCUGGUGGAUGCUGAACCCAGAUGGAGGGAAGAUGGGCAAGGCCCCACGCCGGCGAGCAGUCUCCAUGGACAAUGGCACCAAAUACCUAAAAAGCAAAGGCCGUAUUAGAGGCAAGAGGGUUGGCCGCCCUGGGAUAGGAGCGGGGUCUGCUGUGGUGGGACUCCAGGGGUCCCCCGACCAUGGCAGCCCACCACGGAAAGGCCUCCCAGGAGCUGGAGGCACCUCUGGGACAGAUGGAGAGUUUGAUGCCUGGACAGACCUGCAUUCCAGGGCUAGUUCAUCAGCCUCCACUCUGAGCGGGCGUCUGUCACCCAUCCUCGCCGAGGAAGAACCUGAGGAACCAGAGGAGGGUGGCCUGUCUUGUUCCACCUCCCCCCACCUCUACCCCUCACCGACCAGUGCCCGCUCUCCAUCCAUGGGGGCAGGGAAUCGCUGUCCUCCCCUUGAGCAGCUGCCUCAGCUGGCUAACCUGGCAGGAGCCAUCAGUCUGGAUGAGCAGCUGAUGGAGGAUAGUUAUCAUCACCAUCACCCACAGCAGCAGCAACACCAGCAGCAUCCGGCUGUUGGAAGACACAAGCACCAAACCCCUGUCUAUCACUACAGCUCUGGAGUGAAGGGGCAGAGCUCCUAUGGUGCAGGAGUGUAUGGAGCCACAGGCUUGGGGAUGCUGCGCCACCACUCGCCCAUGCAGACCAUUCAGGAGAACAAGCCAGCUAGUUUCUCUGGAACCAUGCGGGCGUACUCCAGUACCAAUGCCCUGCAGAGUCUGUUAACAGGGGGUCCAGCUGGGCAGCAAUACUGUUCCAAGGACAUGAUGCUGGGACAGGAGAGGGAAAGCCAUCCUAUGAUCGGUCAAGCUAGUAAUGGAGUAGGCUCCAACCAUCACAGCCACCACCCUGGUCACCACAACGGCCAUAGCCACACCCACAAUGGACCUCACAGUCACAGCUCAGCUCAUAGCCAUAACAGAACUCACAGCCAUACUCCCAGUCAUAAUCACAACAGUGUAACCAACCACAACCACAACUCACCUCACAGUCUCGCUCACAACAGUCACAACCUCAACCAGAGCCAUAACCACACAUCCCCCCGGGCUGCGGCCCUGACCCCACGUGGCAACGGCAAUCAGCUGCAGACCUACAACCACAAAGCUCCCUACUUGUACAGCCCCCCAUCACAUGCUCACCUCCCUGCGUCCACCACCCUCCCCCCAAACCCAGCAGGUAUGCUUGGCAUGCCCCAGGACUCUUGCCACGUGGCAACCGCCCCACACCCACACCCCCGUCACAACCAUUACCCUGACCCACAACACCAAGGCAUGACGAACGGACCUUACCACCAUGGCCAGGGGAUGGGGAAUGGUAGCGUUGGUAGCAACUACCAUGGCUAUCACCAACCUCACCCCCAUGAGAGACUACCAGCCGACUUGGACAUUGACAUGUUCCACGGUAGCUUGGACUGCGAUGUGGAGUCCAUUCUCCUCCAUGACAUUAUGGACUCUGGGGAGGAGAUGGACUUUAACUUUGACUGCUCCCUAGCCCAGGGCGUGGGCAUUGGCAUGGGGAUGGGGAUGGGUGUGACCAUGGGCAUGGGGAUGGGAAUGAGCAGUCUGGCCAGUCCACAGCAAGCCCAUAGCAACCAGAGCUGGGUGCCUGGCUGA